AUGGCAUCAGGAGACGAAAUCCCGCCUGUUGUCGAAGACGUCUCGCAAAUUGGAAGGGACGCUUCGGGAACGGAAGCCCCAUCCGCAGAAAUUGCCGAUUCAGCUCCGUUGGAAUCGGCCGAUGGCAUAUCGAGCACUGCGGGAUUCGAACCCGCGAUCGGUCCGGAUGGAGCUGACUCUGGCUUCGCACCAGCGGACGUUCCGGAGCUCGCGGCGGUCCCGGAGAUGGCGGCGGAACCAACGAUCACGCAUCGCGAGUUUUAUUUCAUCAGAAUUCCGCGUCCGGAUCUGUCGGCGGAGAUCAACAAGAUCAAGGCGGUGGAGCAGCGGGUGAAGGAGAAGCGCGACAAGCAGCAGGCCGUUAGUGCCGCUCUUCGCGCGAAGAAGGCGCAAUGGUCGGAGGCCUUCGAGGCGCUCAAGGCCGCGCGGGCGCGCGCGCGGGAUUGUUCGCAAGACGUGCGCAACAAGUUCGACGAGGCGAAGCCGCUGCAGGGCGUGCUGCGCAAGAUGAACGAGAGCAAGGCGAGCGUGCGCGACAGGGGCCGCGGGCUCGAGUGCACCACGGAGGCGCAGCUCAACGCGCUGAUCGCGGCGACGGAGCACCGCAUGCAGCACGAGACGAUAUCGCUCAAGGAGGAGAAGCAGCUGAUGAAGGAGCUCAAGGAUCUGGAGGCGUCGCGGCCCAAGGUGAAGGAGAUGGAGGCCCUCACGGCGUCGUUCCAGGAGAGCCAGGGCCAGCGCGACUCCAUCCAGGAGCGCCUCAAGCCGCUGAUGGCGGAGGUGGACGUGCUGAAGCUGGAGCGCGACGCGGCGCAGAAGAUCUGUGCGACGCUCGAGGCGGAGGCGGCGGCGCUGGACGAGGAGGUGCAAGCGCUCUUCGGUGAGCGCGCCAAGGCGCAGCUCGACGCGGAUAAGGUCUACGACGAGCUGCGCGCCGCGCGCGCCGCCACCAACAAAAAGGACGAGGAUUUCCGGCAGUACCGAGCGGACCUGGCGACGAUUCAGGAGCUCGCUUCCAAGAAGGACGUGGCUGCGCUCGAGGCGUUCUGCGAGCAGCAGGUGCGCCGGGGGGUUCAGGGCUUGCAGCAGGGAGCGCACGCAUCUCCGUCUCAACACGGUCGCGGCAUACCGAGCCGCAUACGUGGAGGCAAAUCGCUACAGCACCAUCCGCGGCUUACGCUCCCUCCUUAUCCGUAUGUGCCCGCCCUCAGGUUCUUUCUCUCCCACCCCCCUCCCCCCCACCUUCUUCCCUCCUACUGUCGCCGCCUUGCUCAGAGGGAGCGCACGCAUCUCCGUCUGAACACGGACGCGGCGUACCGAGCGGCGUACGUGGAGGCGAAUCGCUACAGCACCAUCCGCCGCUUCCGCUCACUCGACACGCGCAGGCUCGGUGUGGACGAGGACCCCGCGAACUUGCUCGACGUGCCCUCCCGAACCUACGCGCCAGCCUCGGCGCCGGCAGCUUCCGCGGCGGGUGCUGGGGAGGCAAGGGCGGGGAGCGGGGCGGAGAAGAAGGGGAAGGGGGCUGGGGAGAAGGAAACGGGGAAGGCGGCUGGGGGGGAUAAGGGCGCAGGGGGGAAGGGGAAGGGGGAGACGGCGGAGGGGGCAGGGAAGGGCUCGCGAGGAGCCGCAGCAGUAGCAGCAGCGGGGGGCUGGGGGGAUGAGGAGGUGGACGUGGGGAAAGGGAAGGGGGAAGGGAAGGCGGGUAAGGAGAACGGAGUAGUGAUGAAGGUACCGGAAACAAAGGUAGAGGAGGUGGAUGAGGAGGCGGAGAGGGAGAGGCGGAGGGAGGAGGCGAUAAGGAAGGCCAAGGAGGCAGAGGCGCGCAAGGCGAAGCUGGCGGAGAAGGCUCAGAAGCGGGCGGAGGCGCGCGCUGCCAAGGAGGCUGAGGCUCUCGCUAAGAGGCGCGAGAAGGAGCGGGAGAAGAGGGCACGCAAGAAGGCAGCAGCAGCAGGGGUGCCAUACGUGGAAGGGGCAGCAGAGGCGCCGGCAGAGGGCGAAGCUCCAGAGGACGCCACCACAGGCGACGAUGCCUCUGCUGCCGAGGAGACUGGCGCCGCUGCUAACAGCAAGGGCGAUGCGGGCAAGGGCGGAGAGGCGGAGGCGGGGCUGUCGAGGAGGGAGCAGCGCCGGCGGCAGGCGCUGGUGGCACUGCGGAAGAAGAAGAGCGGGUUGCUGAGUGGCAGUGCUCUGUGGGGGUUGGCAGGCAUCCUCGCUGUUGUGCUUGCUAUUGUCAUCGCUUACUAUGUGGUGAGUGGUGCGGGGAAUGCUGAUUGA